GACAAAUUACCAACAAGGAAUGAGGAGGACACUUCCCUUAAUCGAAUGCCCCAGAGUCAAGGGAAAGAGGCUCCGGUGAAGGAGCUCCCAGUGACAGUUACUGCGGCAAAGGUUACUGUGAGUCAGCCACUGAAGCCAGUGUCUCGGAGCGAAAAGAGAACCCAGACUCUUGAGGGCAGAGUGGAAAAUCCCAUCCACGUUCCCCCUUACGCUACCAAUGUGACGAGGGCCAUAACAUCAGAGGCGGCACCGAAAAUCGGCCGCGAAGACGAGAAGAUAAGUGGAAGUCAACAUAAGAAUGUGUGGGAAAAAGAACAAGUAGAUCUUGAAUGUGAGAGAAUGAGACAAGAACUCGCCAGGAAAGAAAAAGAACUAGAACUAUUCAUGAUUGAGAGAGAAAAAAUAAGGAGACUGAGAAAUACUUUCGCGGCUUGUAGAAGUGCACAUAAGAACUUGUCGAUACACAUAAAACCGGAUUUUGACAAUAAGAACAUAGAAGAAGUUCUGAUGAAGGAAGACAAGACAAAGAAAGGCAGUCAAUCAGAACCACUGAACACUCGGGCUAAGACUAGUGUCAUGUUAUCCUAACUGCGAGGAAGGUGGUACUACACUUCUUGAUGACCUGCAUACCUUGCUCAUGGUACAUGAUGCCCCUACAUCCAAUCUUUUCACAAAUCAAUGCCAGGAAACCUUGAUGAUGUUCCCAAAAUUUCCUUGUUGCUGAACAAGUACAGGAGGACUGCAGUACUUGCUGGUGACAUGGCCGUAUUCUCAGUAAUUUAUGUCAAACAGCUACUAUAGGUGUGAACUGUGCUGCAAAACAUGGCA